AUGGGCGAUGACGGAAACCAACAGCCAGAGGACACGUACGAGGAUUUACGCGAGGAAGAGGUGUUUGCGGAGGAAAUGGCACCGGCACAACCCGAAUCAAUUCCUUUGCAUCGACGCGAUCUACGGAGCAUUCUAGACGCUAUCAGUCGAUUGGCUCUGGGCCAAAGAGGCGGAGCAAAGCGGCCCCGAGAUCAAGAAGCACCGCGUUCCUACGAGGGAAUAGCCCUAACGGCCGUGGCCAAUCGACUAGGCUUAGAGACUGUCGUCUCAGUGAUCUCCAACACUUUACAGACGGAUAAAGUUACAGAUACAAUCAAGUUAUACAAAGCUCAACUGGAAAGAUUUAUGGCUUGGAAAGAAAGCUGA